UUUGACGUGUGGCAUGUUAACGUGGAGGGGGCGGGGCAUUAACAUUCAGGAAAAUAUGAAACAUGAGUAAGUUUUAUUGACUUUACAGCUCGAGACAAGAGGACAGUGUGUGUGUGUGUGUGUGUGUGUGUGUGUCUUUAAGCAGCUCAGUGUUUGUUCAGUCUGUCAAUGAGUAAACCUGCAGCACGAACCACGGAUCUCUGACGGUAUCUGAUCUCACAGCUGUUCGACUCACAGUGAUCAUGGCUGCAGUCGGAGCCGGGGUCACCGGGGUCACCGGGUCGUGGCUCCUGUCGCCGGGAGUCGUCGGCUCCUUCAUCCUCCUCCUCCUCCUCUCCAUCCUCCUCACAGCUCUGUGCAGCGACUGCGGCAGUCGAUCAUUUGAGCUGCGUCAUUCCAAGACGGAUGGAAAUCCAUUGGCUCUCGUCAGUGUGGUCAAACUGGAGGAAGCGAGAGAGAAUCCUGCGAUCAGAGAGAUCCAGAAGGAUGAGAGAGAGGUCCGUCCUCCUGAAGAGAACCCCGUCUCGUUCAGUCCCUGGAAGAGCCACCUGGGGGCGCCACACCACAACGCAGAUGUUCUGACCAAUGGCAGUGCAGCAGUGAUGGACACGCCUUCUGACGCUGCUGGUGAGUCCAGCCCUGAGGAAGAAACCUCGGCCCAGUUCACGCCGUGGAGGAGCCACCUGACGGCGCCGCAGCAUCAAGACGUGAACAGCUCCGCCCCUCCACACCUCGACCCCAUCUACCACACCAUCGGAGGAGGAGGAGGAGGAGGGCGGAGCCAGGCCGACGCUUGGACACCACCGACCAAUCACGUGCCGGAGCGGGAGGGCCACAGCGACGGCGGCGGCAGAGGAGGAAGAGCUCGCUCUGAAGCAACGGUGGCGGAAUCACGUGACAAAAAUUCAGUUUACGCUCAAAUCAGCAAGAAGGUGAGACAGGCCCCGCCCACUGUCCUUCACGUGUCUGCACCGCCUCAGGUGAGGGAGGAGGAGGGGGAGGAGCCUUCACCUCCACUGCCUGACAGAGAGAUGGACACGGAGGUAUGACGGGCGAGAAGACAAAGGACUAAAAGGACGGAGGACGAAGAAAAAGGAUGAGGGAUGAGGAGUGUAGGAUGAAGGACACGUGAAGGACACGUGACGGGGAGUGAAGGACACGUGAAGGACACGUGAGGACACGUGAAGGACACGUGAAGGCAUGUGAAGGACACGUGAAGGACACGUGACGGGGAGUGAAGGACACGUGAAGGACACGUAAGGACACGUAAGGACACGUGAAGGAAACGUAAGGACACGUGAAGGACACAUGAAGGACACGUGAAGGACACGUGAAGGACACAUGAAGGACACGUGAAGGACACGUGAAGGACACGUAAGGACAAAAAACACAUACUUCUUGAUAUGAACUCAUUUAUAAAUAUCAACAUGAAGAAAUUGUUUUGGAUUAAAAUGGAUGAAAAUAGAAUACAUAUCCCACAAUGCAACAGGGCGGUGUUUACAUAGGCUGAGGGGAAUAAAGAUAAAAGUUCAAUCACAUCUCUAAACUACAGAUUAUAUAAAACAAGACGUAAUCACUAACAGCUGAUUCCUGUCUGAUCGCUAGGCAACUUUUCUUCGCUGCAGUCGUUGUUUCCAAAGUUUUACAGUAGAAAGACAAAUGAUUAAUCACCAGUUCAUUGAUAAUUAAUUCAAUAAUUCAUCAAAUCGACAAAUAUUUUUCACAUUAGGGCGGAAAACGAUUUGCUGAUAAACUGAUCGAUGAGGGGAAAACUGUGGUCGUGAUCGUGUGUUGGAUGAAUCUGAACUGGACUGAAACAAACCAACGCUUCUGUUUUCAAUGUUCGACUGAAACAAAAAAACAACAUGUGGAGAAAAUGA